UGUAAAAGAUGUUGCCUUGGAGUUCUCUGCUUUUCCUGCUGGGGAAUCUGACACUCGUGGUGACUUUACCCAUCGCAGCUGAAUCAGAGCUGAAGCCAGAGGAUGUGACUUUUGCUGAGGAGUACCUGAGCAGGUUCUAUCCCCUGAGGGAGGCCGACGGGACGCGCACCAGAAGGCAGGCGGCGGCCGCCGAGGAGAGGCUCCGCCAGAUGCAGGAAUUCUUCGGGCUGGAGGCGACCGGGCGGCUGAGCCGGCAGACCGUGGCGGUGAUGAAGAGAGAGCGGUGUGGCGUGCCCGACACGGAGAACUACAGCUUCUACCCCGACAAACCCAGAUGGAGGAACAGCACUGUAACCUACAGGAUUGUAAAGUACACCCCAGACCUCAAGAGAAAGGACGUUGAGAGGACUUUCAGGCAGGCGCUGAAGAUCUGGAGCGAUGCAGCACCGCUGAAAUUUGUGAGGCUGGACCAUGGGGAGGCUGACAUCAUGAUUAACUUUGGGUCUAAAGCCCAUGGGGACUUCUUCCCCUUCGACGGGCCGAAAGGAGUGCUGGCUCACGCCUUCGAGCCCGGCGAGGACAUAGGAGGGGACGCACACUUUGACGAGGAUGAAAUCUGGACCAUGGGGAACAAGAAGCCUGGCUACAACCUGUUCACUGUGGCCGCCCAUGAGUUUGGCCACACCCUGGGGCUGUCUCAUUCCAAGGACCCCUCUGCUUUAAUGUACCCAAACUACAAAUACUACAACCCAGCCACAUACUCUCUGCCCAGAGAUGAUGUCCUGGGCAUCCAGGAGCUCUAUGGCAGAAAACCUGUGGCUUUGCCCCCCCCUGAGAAAUGCGACCCCUACCUUUCUUUCGAUGCCGUUGCUGUGAUUGGACGAGACAUUGCCUUCUUUAAAAACAGCUACAUGUGGCUGCGGAUGACAUGGAUGAUGAACUGGAAUUCUCUCCGCGAAGGCCUCAUCAGCUCCCUCCUGCCCAGCAUCAGCUCUCCGGUUGAUGCUGCCUACGACAUCCCUGCCAAAGGAGUGGCCUACCUUUUCACCGGUCCAAAAUUUUGGAUUGUGCAGCAGUUAAACAUGAAAAGCUACUCCGGUUCAAUCUACGACAUUGGCUUUCCCACAGAUGUGAAGCAAGUUGAUGCGGCUGUUCAUGUCAAAGAGUAUGGAAAGACUUAUUUCUUUGUAGGGGAGAGAUAUUACAGGUUUGACGAGACCUGGAGCAGGAUGGAUCCUGGAUUCCCGAGGAGAAUCAGAACAGACUGGCCAGGAAUUGGAAGUAAAAUAGACGCAGCCUUUGAGCUGGCAGGUUAUAUACACUUCUUUUCUGGACCCAAAGCCUACAAGUACGACUACAGACAGAGGCAGGUCCUGUAUGCAGUCAGAGCCAACGCCUGGCUCGGCUGCUGAUAUCGAGCAGGAGAGAUCUGGGGACGGCGCCAGGCAAGAUAAAAUACAACUCUUACCGCUUCAAGACGUGACCCAACACUCAGAGAAAACAGCUGUAGGAUCCAGCAUGUGAUAGGCAUGUAAACCUACACUGUCGCUGUCUUAGAAGAGCAAAAAUGAAUCCAGAUGUACUGUCAGGAAGCAAAAGAGCAGACACAUCACCAGGAUGGAGACAACCUCUGAGGUGUUAUUUAAGCUGUGAAAAACAUAGGAAAACACCGUACACCACACAUUCAUAACAUUUACUGUACACUCGCAAGCAUUACAAUAAAUUUAAGAAUAUUUAGUCCCACAUUAAGCAUGUUUUUUUUCAGCUAUCAUAGUUAAACCUGAUUUAAAAAGAAACACUGCAUUUGGAUAUUAUUUAUAGUCCUGAGUGCUGAUGUGUGUCCGAGAUUUAACAUUGGGAAACACUGCGGUCUGCUGUGAAUGUCCUUGUCACUUUAUGUGCUGCUGAUCUUAUCACUGAUACUAAAUUGUUUGCUGUGAGAAUCGAAAUCACAUUUCUAUCACAGGGAAGGUUUUUGAUGUAGUGUUCUUUAGGAGCAAGUAUAUCUAACAUGUCACGGCCCUAGGCUGGCCGUGUUUUUUUUUCUGAUUUGUUUAUUGGAUUAAUCCGGGUAGAAGACGCUUCCUUUUUUAUUGGAUGUUGAGCUGCUGGCCUCGCCUCUCGUCUCAAAAUAAAUUCGUUUCCUCCAGCUUGACGGUGAACUUGUCUCUCACUUUUACAAUCAUUCAGAAGCGGAGUUUCUUUCUCGGACUUGUCUGGCGUUUGAGUUUUUUUUGCUCACUCAUCUGCAGUGUGCAUUAGUUGUGUCCGUGAGUGUGGACUUUCGUUAGGCAACUAAGGCGUACGUGUUUCCAUGGUUUGUCCUUCUGCUAAUCAGUUUAGUGAUGUCCCUGUAUUGUAAUUUACUGUAUGUUAGUUUAGGGUAGAAAAGUGAGUUUAGGUUGAGGAGGACCUUUCUUUGGCUCUGACACUUUUAUAUUCCGGGCUGGAGUAAGUUAGGUUGGCUUUUUCCGUUAUGGCAGGGUAGUUAGUUUUGCUUGUUUUCUUUUCAGGGACUCACUAUUAAAUUGUUUUGGUGUAAAUGACAGAAACGAACCAAUAGCGGUUUCAGCCCCAGUUGUCUUGUCGCCCUGUAUCUGCCCCCGGGGAACGGGUCACGGUGUUUAAAUCGACUACCGCUAUUCUUUAACGUUAUAUGUUCACGGCUCCUUCAUCCCCUAAUGAUUGAGUGGGAAAAAAAAUAAUGUGUAGUCGUAAGAAAGAACAUAAGGGUUACAAAUGAGUCGUUUUUUGCCAUUUAGCUUGUUUAGUAAUUGGUAGCAAAUUGAUCCAGCAAU